UUUUAGUCUCUUUCGGCUAUGUGAGGAAAGGAGAGAGACUAGCAGCGUAGAAACAGACGCCUGCGGCGCUGGAAAAUCCUCCCCUCUAAUCGCCUUUUGCCGACCCAAAACCUCUCUAAAACCCUAAAAUCUCAAAACCCUUUUCUGAUUUAAUGGCGAAGAUCUCGAUCUUCCAUCAAGAAGUGAAGAAAUCCGGAGAUGGGUUUUCGAUCCCAGCUCCCAAAGAUCCUCUUUUCCAGAGAAGAAUCGAGUUCCAUCCGGCUAGGAAGGCUUUCUCUCCUUUCAGUAGUAAUGGUGGUGAUUUUCAUUUGGAAACGCUGAAUCCAACGAGUUCGGAUUCUCAGCGGCCCGGUUUGACCGUAGGUGGGCAGUCGGUCGGGGCAGGGAAGAGAUCGGACGGUGGGGGUGAAUUUUUUGAGAAUGGGUUGGAUCCGGAGCUAAGUUUCAGCAUUACCGUCCGGAGAAUUGGUGCUGGUUUGGCUAAUCUUGGGAAUACUUGCUUCCUCAAUUCAGUUUUGCAAUGCCUGACUUAUACGGAACCUUUCGCAGCAUAUUUGCAGAGUGGGAAGCAUAAAUCUUCUUGCCACACUGCUGGAUUUUGUGCAUUAUGUGCUAUCCAGAACCAUGUCAGAGCUGCUCUAGAAUCAACUGGGAAAAUACUAUCACCUCUUCAUCUUGUGAAGAACUUGCGAUGCAUAUCUAGGAAUUUCCGCAAUGCUAGACAGGAGGACGCACAUGAGUACAUGGUUAACUUGCUAGAAUCAAUGCACAAAUGUUGCUUACCAUCUGGAGUGUCAAGUGAGUCCCCUAGUGCUUAUGAAAAAAGCUUGGUCCACAAGAUCUUUGGUGGUCGUCUCAGGAGCCAGGUGAAAUGCACGCAAUGUUCGUUCUGUUCCAAUAAAUUCGACCCCUUCUUGGAUUUAAGCCUUGAAAUAGUAAAGGCUGAUUCGUUGAGUAAAGCACUCGCACAUUUCACAGCCAGGGAGCAGUUAGACGGAGGAGAGAAGCAAUACCAAUGCCAGCGGUGCAAAGAGAAAGUCAAGGCCCUCAAGCAGCUUACUAUUCACAAGGCCCCAUAUGUCCUCACCAUUCAUCUGAAGCGGUUUGGUUCACAUGUACCUGGACAAAAGAUCAAUAAGAAAGUUGAUUUUGGCCCUACUUUGGACCUGAAACCCUUUGCUAGUGAUCCACGUGAAGGAGAUUUGAAGUACACCCUUUAUGGUGUUCUGGUUCAUGCUGGGUGGAGUACCCAUUCUGGCCACUAUUACUGUUUUGUACGCACAUCAAGUGGAAUGUGGUAUUCUCUUGAUGAUAACCAGGUUGUACAAGUUAGCGAGAGGACUGUAUUGGAACAAAAGGCCUAUAUGCUAUUUUAUGUUCGUGACAAAAGAAGCUCUUCUCCCAAGAAACCACUUGAUGUUGUUCGUAAGGAAAACAUGGCGGUAAAUGCUACAGGAAACAAAGAGAUUCCUGUUUCUGCUGCCUCACCCUCAAAACAAACUACUCAGAAUGGCAAGAUGGAGAAAAGAUUUACCUCAAAAUGUUCUGAUUCUAUAAGUAAAACGGAUACAUUGACCUCACAGGGUCAACCUUUUUCAUCCCCAUGCACUUCCUUGAAGGACUCUGUAUCAAAGAAAGUGUCUGCUUCUCAAGCUAGUGGCCUGGGUAUGGCAGAAAGGCUGCAACAAUUCGCCCCAUCAAAGGACCCCAAGUUCGACCCUUCAUCUAGGGACUCUACACCAAAGGAGCCUUCGUUGAAGGAUCCUUCUGUUUCGGGAAAUACUACUGAGGGCCCAUUGACAGAAAACGGUUACAAGACUACUUCUCUUCCUGAUGAUGCCACUGUUGCAAAGCAGAGUUCCAAAAUCGAUCCUGGAAGUGUGCAUCGUUCCUCUGAUCAUAAUAACAAUGGAUCUAGCAAGAAUUCAAGUGUUCUGGUUGCUCCACGAAAUGAUCAGAAUGAGUUCCAAAACACAUCUCUCACUGAACCGGUUACUGCAAAUGGCAGGUGUGAGGGAUUGAGGAACUCAGCAUGUACAAGAGUCACUGAUCCGAAGUCCGAGAAAGCUGAGGAAGCAAAGCUGUCAAACCCAGCAAGUGCUGCAAAUGGUUGCGUUCAUGAGAAAAAUCGUGAUGCAACAUGCAAGAAAUUUAAACAGAGUGGUGAUCUUCUAAAUGGUAGCAGCCCACAUGACACACUGUGCCAGUCCACUGGAGAAAAUGAUACGCAGCUGGAGGAAACCAUUUCAAUUAAAUUAUCAAGUCAGUCUGGCGAUGCAAGCAGCACUCUUCAGAAGAAGGCUAUUGACACAACAUGUGCAACACUUAAACCAAAAAAACUCUUGAAAUUUCGUACUGUCAAGUGUUUACACUUUGGCCCAAAAGGACUCUUUCUUGCAUCUUUAAGUCUUCGGAAGAGGAAGAAGCACAAGCGAAGCAAACGGCGGCACAAUCUAGAUAGCAGGAAGCUCAUCCAGAAGGCCUUAAUGGAAGAUUCCAUCUCUAGUGAUCAGGGGACAUCUACGUCUGGGAAAGCUGGGACAGUCGAUCAUGGCUCAACCCAUGUUCAAGAUCGACAGCCUCAUUCUGUUUUGAACAAUGGAAAGAGUCAUGGAAUUGCGAAGGAUGUGACCGACUGCAAUGGAGGUUUUUUGCAUGGUAAGGAAAGAGGUCCUGGUGAGAGAAGUGGGCCCAGCAGUGCUGUGCUUGCAACUGAUGAACUGUCAGAAAAGAGCUUGAGCUCUGCCACGAAGCAAUGUGAUUCAAGAGAGACGGAUUUUCAGGGGAAGAGAGGAUCAAUUCAGCAUGGUUUGAUGAGUAUGCUUACUAGGGGCUUAGAAGAGGUCACUGUUGCACGUUGGGAUGAUAUAGAAUUGCUGACAUCGGAGUUUCACAAAUCAAAUGAUAAUGGGAAAAGCAACAUUGGUUAUGUGCUCGAUGAAUGGGAUGAAGAAUAUGACCGGGGGAAGAGGAAGAAGGUCAGGAAAUCUGCCCAAUCUUUCGACGGUUCAAAUCCAUUCCAAGAAUUCGCAAUGGAGAAAGCUCAAAGGAAGAAGAUAAAGAUGAUGGAUCGUAUCAGUGCCGGAAACCGACCUUUCAGGAUAUGAAGGUGGGAGAACGAUAUUCCCGGGAUGUUGUAUUACUCGAAUGAGAUCGAUGGUCCUUGCUGCAGAGAAGACACUACUGCAGGCGGUUUCUUGAAUUUAUUUGGGUGGUGAAGAUUGUAACACUCUGAGAAGUUUUGGAAAUAAUGCAUGUAUGCAAGUUUUGAUUUUAGCGGGAGGAUAGAUGGAGACUUAUGUUUUGUAUCUAUUUUGGUUAGGAGAAUGAAGCAUGGGGAGAUCUGAUAUUUUUCUUUUUAUUUCUAUUGUAAAGGAUGAAAAAGGACUGAAUGGAUGAUGGUGAUUAUGUA